GCACCUCAGUCUAAUAUCACCUCAUUCAUUCGUGAUCUCCAGGCUCAAUUGCUCCCCUCCGGCCAUUCCACUCCACUCUCACGAGUUAAUCUCGAACCAAAAUCCGGGUGAACACCCUCUUCUCCGCUCAUACACUUCUUUUCCCUUCUUCUUCUAGCUCAAUUGGCUGUCUCGCAACGACAAUGCUGUACAGAACUACUGCUGCCCGCUCUGUGCUCAGAGCUCUCCAGAGCUCCAACGCCUCGGUCGCUCGCUCGGCCCUGUCCAACAAUGUCUUCAAGGCUCCGUUGACCUCUUCCGCUCGUUUCCCCGUUCGCCCGACCACCACCCCCAACCUCGCUCUGGCUAUUCGCAAGCCUGUCACCACCGCCCUUGUCCGCCAUGCUUCCACCGCCCACAAGGAGGGUGAGGAGGACACCGACAUGAUGGCCGGUAUGAAGGCCGAGGCUAAAGUGAUCAAGGACACCUUCAGCCUGGCGUCCGUCCCCAAGGAGGCUCUCUACCUCGGAAUGGCCGGUGUCAUCCCCUACCUUGCUACCUCCCUUGAGACCGUCUACCUCUCCUGGGAGAUCAAGACCGCCGCCGUUGCCGGUGAUGGUCUGCUCUUCUCUGGCCAGAGCGCCGAGUUGCUGUUGCACUUGCUCGAGCCCGUCCAGGUCGGCUACGGAGCUGUCAUCCUCUCCUUCCUCGGCGCCGUGCACUGGGGUCUCGAGUGGGCCGGUUACGGCGGCAAGUACGGCUACAGACGCUACGCGGCGGGUAUUGUCGCGCCGGCCGUGGCCUGGCCGACUCUGCUGCUCCCCGUGGAGUACGCUCUGAUCUCGCAAUUCCUCGCCUUCACCUUCCUGUACUACAACGACGCCCGUGCCGCCGCCGCCGGCCGCGCCCCGGCCUGGUACGGCAUGUACCGCUUCGUGCUGACCUUCAUCGUCGGAGCCAGCAUCGUCGCCAGCCUGAUCGGCCGCGAGCAGAUCUCCGGUACCCUCACCGGCGAGCACACCAUCAAGGACAAGAUCAACGCCCUGAUCUUCCUGCAGAAGAAGGAGAAGGAGGAGGCCGAGGCCCGCAAGCGUGCCGAGCUCGAGGACGCUGAGUAAAUAAUUUCCUCUCAAAUGUAUAACCUAGCUCCCUAAAGGCCGAGUGAGGGCGCGUUGUUUUUCUCAAGCCUGGUGUUUGACUUUCCCGAACGAAACAAAAGAGAAAGCCCGGUAGCAGGAGCUUGUGACAGUAGUGUUGGGGUGAUGUAUUGAUCUUCGAUUUUGAUAUUGUCCACAUCUUGGUCGACUCUGUCGUUUGUUGUAGAUUACAAUGCGAGAUUUCCACCAUCCCCUUCCCAGCAGGAGGAUGCUGGGGGUUUUUUACAUUUGUCAUCAAACC